UCGGGGCUUUGCAGAGAAAGGCAAACGAAUGUGAUUCCAGUAGAAAAAAUACACUGGGUUCUCACGGAAUCCCUUUACGCACAUAGCUCGCCAGAUUUUCCCGAAUUCCCAAUACCAAUCCACUCUUCUUCCCCGUUAUCUCCACUCCCCUUUACUCUCCCCACCCCAGAUUCCUGUGCAAUUUUCCCAAUCCCAAAACACUUAAUUGAGCAAUUUGGAUUCCUCACGUGUGGGGUUGAUUUGUAGUUUGAACACGUGGCUCAUUCAAAAAAGCCGGAAUUGCCGAGGAUUUUUUUUCUCCCCCUUCUUCUUCUUCGGUGUACUCAGAGGCGGGCGCGAGCCUUACCGUUUGUGACAUUCUCUGUCUCUUAGCCAAGGGAUUUGGAGGAAGACAGAAAGUAGUUUCUCCUCAUUUUUACCCAACCUGCAAUCGUUUGGACCCUCGAGAUUAAUAAUUAAACAAUUAUUUUGCGCGUUCGAGCGGCAAGGGAGCGCAAACGCAACGAGAUCGCCAGUUAAAUCUCUCUGUGGCUUGAACGUCGGGGAAGCACGCCACUGCUACUCCGUUAUAGUAACGGCGAUUUAGGAUACUCCGCUGCACACCUAGCCGGGCGAAAUAUUUGCCUCAAUUGGUGUAAAGAUUGUCCUUUUCGGCGGUCAUAAUGAAUAAGCUAUACAUUGGAAACUUGGGCGAGCAGGCGAGCGUGGAGGACUUGCAAGGUAUCUUUGGAGAGAGGCAUCUCAAGCACAGUGCGUUUCUUCUCAAAACUGGUUAUGCUUUCGUGGAUUGCCCGGACGAAAAGAUUGCAAUGAAGGCCAUUGAUAUACUUUCAGGAAAAGUAGAACUUCAUGGAAAAGUUCUGGAAGUGGAGUUCUCGGUGCCUAAACGUCAAAGGAGCUGUAAGCUGCAGGUCAGGAACAUCCCGCCACACUUGCAAUGGGAGGUGUUGGACGGCAUGCUCGCCCAAUAUGGCGCCGUGGAGAACUGUGAACAAGUGAACACUGAAACAGAAACGGCGGUGGUCAACGUUCGGUAUGGAGCCAAAGAACAGGCCAGGCUGGCUAUGGAGAAGCUCAACGGCUUCAUGCUGGAGGACUUCGCCCUCAAGGUGUCCUACAUCCCGGACGAGGCGGCGGCGGCGGCGGACACCCCUCCCGCGGGCGGCCGGAGAGGCUUCCCGCCCCGGGGCCCCCCCCGCGCCGGCUCGCCGUCGAUGGGCGCGCGGCCCCGGCUCCAGUCGGACGUGCCCCUGCGCAUCCUGGUGCCCACGCAGUUCGUCGGCGCCAUCAUCGGCAAGGAGGGCGCCACCAUCCGCAACAUCACCAAGCAGACGCACUCAAAAAUCGACAUCCACAGAAAGGAGAAUGCCGGAGCAGCGGAGAAGCCCAUCACGGUCCACUCCACCCCCGACGGCUGCUCCAACGCAUGCAAAACCAUCAUGGAGAUAAUGCUCAAGGAGGCCGUCGACACAAAGUUCACUGAGGAGAUCCCACUUAAAAUCCUGGCACACAACAACUUUGUGGGUCGAUUGAUCGGGAAGGAGGGCCGCAACCUCAAGAAGAUCGAACAAGACACAGAAACGAAGAUCACCAUCUCGCCGCUCCAGGACCUGACCCUGUACAACCCCGAGCGUACCAUCACGGUGAAGGGCUCCAUCGAGGCCUGUGCCCGCGCAGAGGAGGAGGUGAUGAAGAAGGUCCGCGAGUCGUACGAGAACGACGUGGCCGCCAUGAACCUCCAGUCCAACCUGAUCCCGGGCCUGAACCUCAACGCUCUGGGCCUGUUCCCCGGCUGCGCCCCCGGCAUGGGCUCGUCCAUGGGCAGCGGCGCCCCCCCACCCGGCGCCCACUCCGGCUACGCCCCCUCGUUCGGAACCGGGCCCUUCGGGGGCGAAGGGCCGUAUUGGGCCCCCGCGUGUUCGGCGAGCAGCUCGCCCCUCCAGGGGCCUCAGGAGUCCGAGACGGUCCACCUGUUCAUCCCGGCCGCAGCGGUGGGCGCCAUCAUCGGCAAACAGGGUCAGCACAUCAAGCAGCUGUCGCGCUUCGCCUGCGCCUCCAUCAAGAUCGCACAGGCGGACCCCCUGGACGCCAAGCAGAGGAUGGUCAUCCUCGUGGGCCCCCCGGAGGCGCAGUUUAAGGCUCAGGGUCGCAUCUUCGGCAAGCUGAAGGAGGAGAACUUCUUCGGGCCGAAGGAGGAGGUGAAGCUGGAGGCCCACAUCCUGGUGCCCUCCUUCGCAGCGGGACGUGUUAUCGGCAAGGGCGGCAAAACGGUGAACGAGCUCCAGAACCUAACCAGCGCCGAGGUGGUGGUGCCCCGCGACCAGACGCCUGACGAGAACGACCAGGUGAUCGUGAAGAUCAUCGGACACUUCUAUUCAAGCCAGCUGGCCCAGAGGAAGAUCCAGGAGAUCCUGGCCCAGGUGAGGAGGCAGCAGCAGCCCAAGCCCAGCCCCGGGGCCCAGCCUCCCCAGCCCCGGAGGUCCUUGGGCGACCGCAAGUAGAGCGGAGCCCCCUCCCUCCCCACCCCCCGGAGGUCCCUGGGGGAACGGUGACUGACUCUGCCUGGAUGACGGACGGACAGAUGCAGAUGAUGAGGGGGGCUGUUCGGAGACGUGGCUGUGGUGGGGGGGGGAUGGCUUGUCUUGAUCCCCUCUUAGGAGGUCGAGCGCGGUGGGUGUUUUUCAAGGGGGGGGGGGGGGAGGGGUUAAAUCCAGUAACUGACUUGAACACCAGAUCCCAAGUUUGGAAGAGAGACCCAUGGCUCCUCUCACUCUCUCUCUCUCCCUCCCACUGUCUCUCGCUCUCUCCCCCCCCCCUCUCUCUCUCUCUCUCUCUCUGCGUCUCCCCAGAAUGUACUUCUGGGAGCCCUCCUCCCGUCACCCGCCCUCUCACACGCGCACCCCCUCACCCCCUCCCCCUCACAUAGGUGUCUUCUGAAGUGUUUUUUGUCUUUUUUUUUUUCAUUAGAAACCUAAUCAAGAAAUAACAAUCCCCUUUCUGAACACCUAGAUGCGGUGCUCUAAAACCUCACAUGAUGACAAAGAUGUUCAGUUAGAGUUCAGUAUUUUUUUUUUUUUUUCUUUUUUGUCGGUCGGUUCGUUUCAAUUUUUUCAGUUCAUAUUUCCAUAUUGUCAGUUUUGAAAUGGAGUGUUUAAUUGGUUUGAAGCUUCUCUCCUGAGUUCAUUUUUUCCAUAGGAAGAAAGAGAAAAAAAAAAGGCAUUGCUAUCAAAAAGGUCCUAGCAGGACCAAGAUGAAGGUUUAUUUUGGGUGGUUAGGGGGGGGGGGGGGGGGGGAUCGGAAGUUAGGUUUAGACUGGGAGGGGCCACAUCCUGGGGGGGGGGGGAAGGAGGCAUUAACGUUGUCCCUCGACAAGAACCCCCCCCCCCCCCACAGGGGUGGAUGUGUGUGGGGGCCGGUGUGCUGCCCCCCCCCCUUCCGAGUCGAUGGAGGCAUUUUAUAAAUUCGGAUGCAUUUUAUAGAUAAACUAUACAUAGAUGAAUAUAUAUUUAGAGAGUUGAGGGGGCGGCGCUAAGGGUCAUCACUGAGGGGGACUGGUGCCCGGACAGCUGCUGCCCAGGAAAACCAAUUUAAUAUGCAUUUUACCGAACUACCUCAGGACCUAUACCUCAGAAGAGAAAAGAAAAAUGAUUAUAUAUGAUAAAAAAAAUUCCUUUUUUUAUUUUCCUUUUGUGGUAUUUUGUAUACUUUAUAAAAGCUGAUAGUUCUUGAACAUUUUUAUUUUUUUAAGAAAAUUUAAAAUUUGGUCGGCUGCCAACUGACCAUGCCUUCAACUCUGGUGUUAAAGGCGGCAUUGUACAUGUGUAUGUUUGACUCUGCCCUUGUACAUAAAGUCUCUGUACAUAGAGCCCCGGAGUGUGAGUUUGGCGCCCCCCUCAGGUGGCGGCUGGCAGGUGCAUCGAAAAAGUUUAACCUCAGUUUGUUUUUUUCCUUCCCCUGAGGCACCAUCUUCCGAAAAAAAUAACAUGUGCAGAUACCAUCUUAAAAGACCGAAUAAUGCCAACCGUACAUUAUUGCAAUGCCGUUUAAUUUCUUGGGAUUGUUGUCGUUAUUGUUGAUGCUACAACACGUUCAUUUUUAACAACGACAAAGUCCCUUUUUCGCCUUACUGGAAGGGCUGUGACCGAAGCCUUGUUCACCCGCUCCGUCUCGGCAGGGCUGCUCUGUGUGCGUUCUCUUCCUUUGGGUUGCCUGCCUCCAAAGGACUUUUAAAACCAUCUCCUUCUUUAUUACUUUGAAUGGCAGCACCCAGGCCGGGGCCCAGCCUCACUGGGUUUGUCUUCAUGGUGGCCGUCGUAGCCGGGGGCCGCUCCGUCUCUAUUAGCAUCGCUAACCAUAGUGAGGGUAGGAGGGGAGCCACACUUGAUUAAUGCCUUUUUGAUUCAUUUUCGUUUUUUCUUUUGUUUUUGCUAUAGAAAUAGGAUGUAUUGACAAAAAAAAGUCUGCGUUACCCGAAACAAGAAACUUUUUUGAUUUAAAAAGUGACCUCGUCAAUUUGUUGUUCACACGGGGAGGGGAGAGAGAAAUUAAAAAAAAAGCCAAAAAGACUUGGAACUAAACGAAACCAUCGGUUUAGAGAAUGGCAACAUUAUAAAAUCCAACAUCUUAAAUACGUAAAGUAUCCUUUAUCAUUGAUUAUAAUUUUUUUUUGUCUGUAAAUAUGUUUAUUGUGGUAAAAGUGCUCCAGUGCAUCAUGCUUCCGUAGUAGAACGCCGUCUACCUCAGAGGAAGGGGGGGGCGGAGGGGACGCAAGGGUGGGGUUGUGACCACACCCCUUUUCCGCCUUUCCUCCACCCUCCCCCGACCAGCGCCUGCGCGCAGCGAUACCUCAAUCCCCAUCACCCCACCCACCCAUCUCCUCCACCCACUCGUCUCCUCCACCCCACCCACCCAACACCUCACCGACCUAACACCUAAUCCCAGUACACUACUCUUUGCAUGGACGUGCGCGUACUCAACACCGCGCUUAAACUGAGGGGCACAAGUGAUACUUGACAACCACCACCUCCUCCUCCCCAUUCGCUCUCCCCUCAACCCCCCCACGUACCGUUUUGCUUUGAUCUACCUCCUUAGACAUGUUUGAACUAGAGGCAUUCUUUUAUUUGUUAGAUUUGUUAGGGAACCACUUCCUAUUGCUCUGUGCUCCCCUCCCCCCCCCCCCGCCCAAGAUAUUAAAGAAAAAAAAAAUUGUAUUAAAACAAAAAAAUCAUGUAAUCUUUAGAAAUGGAAGAAAUUGAAAAAGUGAUCAGAAAAAAACUUAUUUUCCAGCAUUCAUGCGUUAUAUAUAUUUACUCUUCUAGCUUUUUGAUUGAAAUCCUCAAACAUGAGGCGUUUUCUUGCUGCUUUUUUCGGUGGUGUGGCUUCCAUGUAUUUGAACUUGCUUGUUUCUCUUUAUUUUUUCGUGAAAUGGUCAAAUCACACUUUUUUGAUUUUGCAUUCAAUAGAUGAAAGCAGAAAGAAGUUUGAAAAAAAUAAAUAAGGGCCUAUAGGUUUCUGGUUUGUGAGACUGAGAUGCAAAGUCCAAUCUUUUUUUUUUUCUGUUUCUUUCUCAAAACGCUACUUUUCAAUUGCAAAUUUUCGGUAGCGAUUUGUUCUGUUUUGUAAAUCCUUGGCUGUGUUAACAUGAAACAUCCUGUUUGUUGGUAUGGGACAGAACACGUACAGAAAUGGGUGUGGGAGUUGAUUUGAAAGGGACGUGUUCAGAUUACCGCAUGAUAUCAUCCACCUCCUGCUCUACCACCACGCUUGUGCCCCUUCACCUUUCCAUUCACACAGCUUGACACUUGUCAAAUGCCUCUGAAUAAAAAAAAUAUGAAAUUGUG